ACUCGGUUUAAAACACCGCGAAUUUGACAAUUACUGCUGUACUUGAUGAUAGUCUUUUAGAGAGUAUUAAAGACGAUAAACAAUGUCUGACUAUAGAAUCAGAGGAGCUAGAGUUGAUGAUUGUGAAGAAAUAUUACGACUUAUUCAGGAAUUGGCUGAAUUUGAGAAGAUGCUGAAGGAGUGUCACAUGACUGUUGAAACUUUAAGAAAAGAUGGAUUUGGUUCCAAUCCUUUGUUUCGUUGCCUCGUCGUUCAGAGUUUGAAUCCAGAUGGCAGUGAAUCUAGUGGUUUAAUUGGCUACUGUAUAUUUUACUAUAUAUACAGCACCUGGGAGGGGAAGUGUAUAUACAUGGAAGAUUUAUACGUCACACCUACCUCACGUCACAAGGGCAUAGGUCAUGCCACGCUAAAGAAAUUAUCACAGAUUUGUGUAGAGGAAGGAUGUAAGAGACUACAGUGGGCCGUUUUAGACUGGAACAGCAUUGCCAUUAAUUUCUACAAUAAGAGCGGUGCAAUAAAUUUAUCGGAAAAGGAAGGAUGGCUAUGCUAUAGAUUCGAUGAGGACGGUUUAAAGGCAUUUGCCAAAAACUGAAUUAAAACGGAAAUAAAAAAAUCGUAUGAAACAA